GUCGGAGAAAUGGGAGACCCGGGGUCGGAGAUGAUAGAAUCUGCCCGUCCAGCUGGGCCUGAGGCAUCAGAGUCAACCAUGGAUGAAAAUGAAGAUGACAUUCAGUUUGUUAGUAUUCUGUUUCCUAAAAUGCCAAAAUGACAGGGUGAUUUAUUCAGUUUAUUAAAUAUGAAGAAGGUGAAAACAGACAGAGAAAGUAAUGAUAGGAACAAAAGUCACUGUGGAUCCUCUAAGCCCAUGGGACCAAAUUCUGACUAUGUUAAUGAACCCGUCAUUGAAGAACAGCCAUCAUGCUCAUCAGAGAGAGAAAUAGAUAACCUCGUGCUUCCAGAUUAUUGGAAUGAAAAACAAGCAGUCAUGUUUACAGAGCAGUACAAAUGGCUUGAAAUAAAAGAAGGUAAAUUAGGAUGCAAAAAUUGUUCAGCAGUUCACCAUUUGGGCUCAAAAGCAGAAAAGCCUGCCCAUGUGUCCGAGGAAUGGACUGUAGUCAAUAACCCUAAUGGUGGUAAUAAAACUACGAGGCCAGCAUCUCUGCGAAAAAAAAUUAGGGAGCAUGAUAUUUCUAAAGCCCAUGGUAAAAUUCAGGAUUUGUUAAAGGAUUCUGCUAAUGACUCAAUUUCCAAUUUAGUGCAUACGCAAAAUAAUAAAAAUAUUGACACCACUAUAAAAGUUUUCAAUACAGUUUACAGUUUAGUACACACUGGUUUAGUAAAACAUAAUAGACCUUUAUCUGAUGUUGAGUGGGCAAUAGAACCACAAGAAAAAAAUGGGGAGGUCAAUUGUUUAAAUACAAGAAUAGCAGAACAUAUUGCAAAAGAAAUGAAGAUAUUUAAGAUUAUAGAAGCGAAUACCAAGGUGUGUGUCCCAAUUGCUGAGGCAGCUUCAGUUUCAAAGAAUAGCACCUUACCAAUUAUGUUAUUUGUUGCUCUGAAAGAAUUGGUUGCAACUACAGCACAGUGUAUUUUCAGUACACUAUUGGCUGCUUUAAAUGAUUGUGGCUUUACUAAUGAAUAUUUUAGUAAUUUAAUUGGGUUUUGUUCUGGUGGUGCUAAUACAAUGCUGGGAAGAAAGUCUGGAGCCACAAAGUUGUUAGAAAAUUUUCCUGAAACUGUCAUUUGGGACUGUUGAAAUCAUCGAUUGCAAUUGUCACUAGAUUAUUCAUUAUCUGAAAUAAAUCAAGUUAAUCAUUUAAAAAUAUUUUUGGACAAAAUUUAUGCUAUUUACCACCAAUCUCAUAAAAGCCAAACUAGGCUUUUAAGAACUGUAGAUAAAGAACUUGAAAUAGAAAUUACUAAGAUCGGUCAAGUAAUGGGGCCAAGAUGGGUGGCAUGUAGUCUAUCGGCUGCUACUGUGGUGUGGCAUGCAUAUCCUGUACUAUACAGACAUUUUUCCCAUUCUUACUCAGGUUUGGCAAAGAGAUUAGCUAACAGUAACUUUUUGCAAGACCUUCCUUUAACAAUUGACAUCCUUGAAGAAUUUUCACUCCUUUCCACUGACUUGCACUCAAGAGCAACCAACAUUCAGAAAGCACAAAAACUAAUCAAACGCACCACAAGAGCUUUGGAAAGUUUAAGAACUAUUGGAAAGCAUAAAUCUCAACUUGAAAAUUUACAUAAGUUAGACAAGUUUAAAGACAUUCCAUUUAAUAAUGAUCAAUUUAAUGCACUUCCGAGGACUAUGCUGCUGGAAAACAUAAUUAAGCACAUGAACUUACCUCUUCUAUCUGACAGAAACUACAAUGAAAGCAGUUUUGACCAUUUUGAUGUAGUAGAACCAUCUACUUGCCCUUAUGAAGAAAUAACUUUGCCAUGGACAGCUGGUGAAAAAAAUUAUUUAUGUACAAUUUUAAAAUAUAGAUUUGAAUGAUUUUGGCAGUAUGUAAAUAAUAAUAUAAAAUCCAAUAAUGUUUCAGUUCCUACAACUAUACAAAAGCUAAAAAGUAGCACUGUUGCAAUAAAUAGUGCUGAAACUGAAAGGGGUUUCAAUUUAAUGAACACAGUUUGUACAAAGGUAAAGAAUAGCUUAACAAUAGAUCACAUAUCAGAUCUAAUGGCAAUAAACUUAAUGGGGAAAGCAGAUUGGGAUGCAACUCCAUUUGUAAGAUCUUGGUCAAAUUGCAAAUCAACAAAGCCUUGUUAUCAGAAACAAUUAGCUAUUUGGAGUUUACAAUAA